GCGGGGCGGGGAAUGGUUGAUUGCCUGUCAUGUGACAGGCGACUCCUUGUUGAGCACGCGCAGCAUUUUGCUUGUUUGAUGUGACAUCCUGCUUAUUUUUUUUCUCCCGAGGCUACAGAAACAAACGGCCGAACCUCUGCCGAGACAACAGACCGAGCACAGCCUGUCAAAACUGUUAUCCUGCUAAACAAACACCACGAUCCAUCAUGAAUUUCUUCCUGGAAACAAUCCAAGUCCUCUUGCUGUCCAUCUGGUACAAUGUGGAAUCUUUCAUCCACCUCUUUGUGCCCAUGAAGAAGAAGAACAUAGCUGGUGAGGUGGUGCUGAUAACGGGGGCAGGUAGCGGGAUCGGUCGUCUCAUGGCUCAGGAGUUUGCGGCUCUUGGUACUGUGCUGGUGUUGUGGGAUAUUAACCAGGAGGGGAUGAAGGAAACGGCUAGACUGGCUAAACAGAGCGGAACCAACAGAGUCCACUACUAUCUGUGUGACUGCAGCGACAAGAACGAGGUUUACAGAGUGGCUGACCAGGUGAAGCGAGAGGUGGGUGACGUCAGCAUUCUGGUGAACAAUGCUGGGAUCGUGACAGGAAAGAAGUUCAUGGAUGCUCCGGAUUCCCUGAUUGAGAAGACAGUGGAGGUCAACACUAUGGCUCACUUCUGGACCUACAAGGCCUUCCUUCCUGCCAUGAUUGCCAACAACCACGGCCAUCUUGUCAGCAUUGCCAGUUCUGCUGGACUCAUAGGAGUCAAUGGAUUGGCAGACUACUGUGCCAGUAAGUUUGCAGCAGUAGGUUUUGCAGAGUCAGUGGGUCUGGAACUGUUGGCAACUGGGAAAGAUGGCGUCAAGACCACCAUUGUGUGCCCAUACUUCAUCAACACUGGAAUGUUCGAUGGAUGUCUAACUAAAUGGCCAAGACUGCUGCCAAUCCUGAAUCCAGACUAUGUAGUCAAGAAGAUCAUCCACGCUGUGCUCACAGACCAGGUCUACCUGCUGCUGCCCAAGAGCAUGUACUUCAUUGCUGCUCUCAAGAACAUCCUCCCCAUGAAGCAGGGGAUUCUGCUGGGCCAGUACAUGGGAGCUUUCAACCUCAUGGACAAGUUCAAGGGACGCCCCAGAAAACAGGAGUAAAUGAAGAGAGAGGAGAAUAAGAAGUGAAGGAUAAUGGAAGGAAACAUCGAAGUACUAAACCCAUCCAUAGCAACACCUAAUUUAAUCUUAAUCUUCCUAGUGUAUUGGUGUAAUAAUACUAAUAGAGGAGGGCAGAACAGUAGUGGCAAAGAUUGGAUUUGAAUUUGAGACUUUAAUUCCUCCCUCAUUUCAAUGGUUCAUACUUAUUAUUACUAUUCUGUUAUAGCACACAAAUAGUGAAUGCCCAUUAGUCUCACUAUAUCUUGCACUGUAUAAUUCAUGUUUUAAGCAUUAAUAUCCUUAAUGUACUUGUUUUUAAAUUACAUUAUCAUUAGCUAAAUUAAAUUCUUAUUAAUAACAAUUUGUAAUUGAAAAUAUAUGUUGCCACAAAUUAACAGGUGAUAGAAGGACCCUUCCAGAGGGAUUAUGGAAAUGUUUAUGUUUCAUUAUUUAGCAGGAGAUGCGUAGCAUCAAAUGCAGGUGGAAAUCUAUUAUAUAAGUGUAUAAGCUGGAUAUUUUUUGAUAACAUCUAUAAAAAAACGGCUUAGCUGUAAUUGAAUACUGACUUGCUGACAUUAAGUGAUAUUCCCUUAUAAUUUCAUAUUAACACUGUUGUGAAUGUAGCCAUAAUUAUCAUUUAUAUGGGGUUUUAAGGCACACUUUUUAGAGAUUUGUUGUUAAUCUGGCCCAGUGUUUUUACAGUCUAAGUAAUUUCACAUUAAAAACCAAGCGCCAGGGCCAAGCGCUCAUACUCAGGAACAGUGAACCCUACUAAAAGGGUUGCUGACAUAUCCGAUACCUCACCUAAUGGUUUGGUACCCGACGGUCCAGACCACUGAAAGCUCUUGUAUGUUCAGUCUGAACACGAAGCGAAUUUCCACCAUGUGUUAUAAGCAUGAGUUUGAAAGCUUGAUUGUUUUUGAAGUCCGUCUUUAUUCACAAACAGCUAAUGUACUGACUGUUAAGACGUUAGCUGUACUAGCUAUCAAUGUACUAGCAUGCUACAGCUAGCUAGUGUGUGAGUGGAGACCCCUUUACUUUUCUUCUUGUUUCCAUAUAUUCAUGAAUUGGAGUAAGAAAGCCUCAAGAUAAGCACAAAUCUUUCGCUCAAGGUCGUGAGGGUGCAUAUUCACCUGAGUUUGCUCCAGAUAGGUUGCGUUUGUAUACACAUGAAAUCACGCUGCCUCUAAAAUUCGAUUUGCAUACACACCUUUAUACUGUGAUCUUAAGCACAUUAUUAAAAAGGCUUGUGUCAUAUUCAGACUAUGCAAAUGUCAGAAAAAUUUGUUUUGAAUUAGUGGCUAGAUGGAAGUAAGAAGCAUCCUUAGUUUCCAAGUGAGUAAGGUCACCUUCAGCUACAUCCACUAACUUUUUAUUUCCUACAGUGGUAUUCCUCUAGUUACUUCAGGUCAUCCAGCUAUUUUCUAAUUUAAAAAGCUUCGAAAUUGUUUACUCUAUGGUUUACUAGCAACAUUCACAGAUGUGCUUUAACAUUACAAUAAUGCCUGCUAUUUGACCACGAUCUUGAUCUAGGUAUCAUUGGGUUAGAAAAGCCAUAGGGAGCUUGUAUAUUACAGUAUACUUCUCAUUAGUAUGUUCAGCAGGCAGACAGAAAGGUGACUGUUUCCUGUGGAUGAAAACAUUUUCAAAAUUCAGGAAUACCCUGAAGUAAUUGUUUUUUGAAGUAAUGGCCAUAUAUGUUUCACUCAAAUAUAUUCAUUUCCACAUAGAUUUUAAUGGUCCUAUCAUGAUACUUACAAAGCACAUUUACUACCACAUAACACUCAGAGUCUGUAAUGGCGAUAUUAUAAAGACUGUAAUACAUGCAUCUGGGUGCUUAUCUAUCAUGGCUCUAACUUUGUUUUAAUUUAACAAUGUGUCAUAUGUAAUUUGUAACUGAUUGAAGUCAUAUGUGUGUAUGUAAUUUGUAGAAGUUUAAGACAGCUUAAAGGUCCAGUGUGUAGGAUUUAGGGGCAUCUAGCAGUCAAAUUGCAUAUAAAAAGAAAGCAGGUACUGUAUUCAAAUACAUAACAGAAAUCUAUUUACAGAAUACAUACACCUAUCCUAAUAAGGGAAAGGGGGUAGUGCCAGGAGGGAUUUUAGCAGCUCAACUUUUACCUACAUAUGAGGUCACCUGGAAGCACAGAGAAACAAUGUAGGUUAAACAUACAAGCACAAGUUACAAAAAUGGACUCAAGUCUAAUGCCUCAUUCAACCCAUGUGGCUCCAAGGAGCUGAGAGUAUAUAUCCAAUACGCUUCCCUUUUCACUAACUGAUUUAUGAUAUUGCCACCCCUAGAGUUAGGAGUGACUCUCUCGACCCCUAUGAAUUUCAGGGAGGCAGCAGAACUGUGGUUUCUUUCCUUGUAGUGCCUCGCAAUUGCGUAAGCCAUGUUUUCAUUUCUUAUAGCUGCUUUAUGUUCAGCUACUCUCAAUUUAAGAUUAUACUUCGUUUGGCCUACAUAUAUAAAGCCAAAUGGACACUUCAGCAUAUAGAUAACAUACAAUUAAUAAACGCUCUAAUUUUAUACUUUUUACCUGUGUGAGGAUGGUGAAACUCCUUAGUAAGUGUUAGAGCAAUGUGUACAUCUACCACAUCUAUAAUUUCCAUAUACCUCCUUAGAAAGGCAGUUAGUUUUUAUGUUAGGUUCUCUAUACAUACACUGCAUCCGGAAAGUAUUCACAGUGCUUCACUUUUUCCACAUUUUGUUAUGUUACAGCCUAGUUCUAAAAUGGAUUAAAUUCAUUAUUUUCCUCAAAAUUCUACAAACAAUACCCCAUAAUGACAACGUGAAAGAAGUUUGUUUGAAAUCUUUGCAAAUGUAUUACAAAUAAAAACAAAAAAACCACAUGUACAUAAGUAUUCCCAGCCUUUGCCCUGACACUUAAAAUUGAGCUCAUGUGCAUUGUGUUUCCACUGAUCAUACUUGAGAUGUUUCUACAGCUUGAUUGGAGUCCACCUGUGGUAAAUUCAGUUGAUUGGACAUGAUUUGGAAAGGCACACACCUGUCUAUAUAAGAUCCCACAGUUAACAGUGCAUGUCAGAGCACAAACCAAGCCAUGAAGUCCAAGGAAUUGUCUGUAGACCUCUGAGACAGGAUUGUAUCGAGGCACAGAUCUGGGGAAGGGAACAGAAACAUUUCUGCAGCAUUGAAGGUCCCAGUGAGCACAGUGUCCUCCAUCAUCUGUAAAUGGAAGAAGUUUGGAACCACCAGGACUCUUCCUAGAGCUGGCCGCCCUGCCAAAGAGAGCGAUCGGGGGAGAAGGGCCUUAGUCAGGGUGGUGACCAAGAACCGGAUGGUCACUCUGACGGAGCUCCAGCGUUUCUCUGUGGAGGGAGGAGAACCUUCCAGAAGAACAACCAUCUCUGCAGCACUCCACCAAUCAGGCCUGUAUGGUGGAGUGGCCAGAUGGAAGCCACUCCUCAGUAAAAGGCACAGGACAGCCCGUCUGGAGUUUGCCAAAAAGCACCUGAAGGACUCUCAGAUCAUGAGAAACAAAAUGUUCUGGUCUGAUGAAACAAAGAUUGAACUCUUUGGCCUGAAUGGCAAGCGUCAUGUCUGGAGGAGACCAGGCACCGCUCAUCACCUGGCCAACACCAUCCCUACAGUGAAGCAUGGUGGUGGCAGCAUCAUGCGGUGGGGAUGUUUUUCAAUGGCAGGAACUGGGAGACUGGUCAGGAUCGAGGGAAAGAUGAAUGCAGCAAUGUACAGAGACAUCCUUGAUGAAAACCUGCUCCAGAGCGCUCUGGACCUCAGACUGGGGCGAAGGUUCAUCUUCCAACAGGACAACGACCCUAAACACACAGCCAAGAUAACAAAGGAGUGGCUACGGGACUCUGUGAAUGUCCCUGAGUGUCCCAGCCAGAGCCCAGACUUGAACCCGACUGAACACCUCUGGAGAGAUCUGAAAAUGGCUCUGCACUGACGCUCCCCUUCCAACCUGAUGGAGCUUCAGAGGUCCUGCAAAGAAGAAUGGGAGAAACUGCCCAAAAAUAGGCGUGCCAAGCUUGUAGCAUCAUACUGAAAAAUACUUGAGGCUGUAAUUGGUGCCAAAGGUGCUUCAACAAAGUAUUGAGCAAAGGCUGGGAAUAAUUAUGUACAUGUGAUUUUUUUUUUUUUUCGUUUUUAAUUUUUUUUUUUAAAUUUAAUUUAAUUUUGGAAUAAGGCUGUAACAUAACAAAAUGUGGAAAAAGUGAAGCGCUGUGAAUACUUUCCGGAUGCACUGUAGAUGUGACAGUAGUCUUUCCCCUUCUCUUAUGUAUCCUAAGCUACAUAAGAGACUUGUGAGUCCACCAGGAAGACCUAUUGUUGCAGGGAACCACUCUUUAUCCAAACCAUUGAGUAGGUUUGUUGAUCAUUUCAUUAGAGAUAUUGUAAAACUUAUACCAUCUCCUACAUUUUUGGUAACUUUUGAUGUGGAAAGUUUAUAUGCAAACAUUCCACAUGAAGGUGGUCUUGAGACCAUGCAAUGUUUUUUAGAAUUGCAAAGAGAGGAAUUACCGGUUAAAUUUUGGUUAAUAAUAAUGGUUUUGACUAAAUUUAUUUUGAAUUCUAAUUAUUCUAUGUUUAACAAGAACUACUAUUUACAGAGGAACGAGCAUGGGGUCUCCCUUUGCCCCUAAUUAUGCUAAUUUGUUUAUGGGCAUGUGGGAGAAAAGGUACAUAUUUAACAAUAAUCCUUUUAUUGAAGAGAUUUAUUAACAAUGUGGUUUUGUGUUUUACAUCUACUGAGUAAGAGCUCCAUACUGACAGAAACAUUAUUCUUACAUGCCCAAAGUCACCAUCCUAAAAAAUGCUAGCCAACAUUCUCUAUGGGCAGUUUGUAAGACUUAAACAUAUGUAAUAAAGAUAGUGAUUUUGAUGUCAAAGCAAGAGAAAUGAAGGCAAGAUUUGUCCAGAGAGGUUACAAAGACCAUAUUAUGGAUACAGCUGUCAGUUAGUCUAGUGCCUAGAACAAAAUAAUUUCGGUCUCAUAGACCGAAAUUAUUUUGUUCAUCUCAUAGACCGGAAGAUAACAGUUUCUUUUGUGUCUGAAUAUAGUACUGUCUCCAGAAGGGUUAAGAACAUUACAAAAAACAUUGGGGUCUACUUAAAUGUGACCCUUCUUUGCAGCAUAUAUCUGCCUCUAUGCCAAGGUUUUGUUAUAAAAGAGGAAAGAAUAUAAGGGACUGUAUUGUCACAUCUAUGUAUAGAUGAAACAUGAAAACUAACUGGCUUUCUAAGGAGGUAUAUAGAAAUUAUAGAUGUGGUAGAUGUACACAUUGCUCUAACACUUAUGAUACUAAGGAGUUUCGCCAUCCUCACACAGGUAAAAAGUAUAAAAUUAGAGAGUUUAUUCUAAGGUAGUGAAAGCACAACAACAACACAAUAUUCCAUUUUUGCCAAUAGCGCCUCCUAAAUCUUACACACAGGUCCUUUAAUUACUGAUAUAUCUAUAUCGAAUGGAUUGCAAUUAAGAGAAUACACUUGUCUUAAUCAUGCAAACAGUUAAAUGACUCAUAAAGUACUGGAAAUAGGCAAAAAGAAUGUCAAGUAUGUAUCUAAAGGUACAUUUUAGUACAUAUAAUGUUUUCAGAGCUAUCUCAUGGUAUUUGUAUGUAAACUACCUGGAACUGUAAUUUUGAAAAUCCUGAUCAAUACAUUUUCUGAUUUCAAA